ACUAUGCUACUAUGACAAAUUAAGAUUUUACACACAAAACCCACGAUUAACAUAAUGACAUCUUUUAGCUAAAACGUUCCAAUGCUUAAGUAGUAGUAGUUAGUAGUUAAAAUUAACAUUACAAUUCUCUUACAUAUUAAUGUGCCAGUAAUAAUAAUCCAAUAAUAUUUCUCCCUACAAGGGGCUAUUCCGCACAAAACUCUUGAUAUUUAAAGCACACUUUGCUGUUAAUACCUCUGUUCCUUCUCCAGGUAGGAUUAUGAAUUGCAAUGGAGUAUUUUUACUUUGAGGUAUUGCUAUGUUUACUCAAGUGAAAGACGUCACUCUUCCACCAUUGGCUGACCUGACAAUGGAAAUAUUAUGCAAUGGAAAUAUUCUAAAUAUCUUGGUGUAUUAUUUUACAUACAUUUUCUUGUAAUUUAGUAUUUUCACUAGAAUUUAAAAUAAAGUUCUGGAGCUUAAAAUGAAAGUGUUUCUAACGAUGGACAGGAGGUCAAAGGCCAGUGAAUGUGUGAAUGACUAACAGAUAUCCUGUGACCUGGAUGACCUGAGGAAUCUUCUAAGCUUCAAGCGUUUGUGUGUUUCUGGUUUAUUUACUCUUGAAUCAGAAGUGUUUGCCUGUGAGGAGGGUUUUUGAGACAUGGUAAUCCAGUUCACCCCCCUAACUGAAGGUUAGGUGAUACAUGUUCAGAGGUGUACGUUAGAGAAGAAGUGAAAGACAAACAUUUUUGAGUAUUUUUUCAUAUGUGUGUGUACGUGAGUGUGAGACAAGCCUGUGUUUGAGAGAGAAAGGAGAGGGCGAUGUGUUGGAGAACGAGUGGGAAGACGGAGCCAGGCUUGUCUGCAGAUUUAGACCAACCUUUUCAUAGAAAGAGGACACAUGCUGUUUUCCUCUUUGGCCGUGCCUGACUGUAUGAAUUCAUUACGCCUUUAGGGGAGCACUCGUCCAAAAAUCAGCACUGAACCCCCCUCGCCCCCCUGCCAACCCAUCAAUUGGGCCUACAUUUAUUAUUUUGACCUUUCCCUUUGCGGGGGAGUGACAUCAAAGUGGAUCCUCAACUUGUUCCCCUGUGAGGAGACGGAGGUGUCAUCCUCACAGUGUGAGAGGCAGACUGCCAGCCUGCGCUGGUUUUGUUGUCAGUUAAGAAGAGAGACGGAGUCUGGGUCAACAUAAUUAAAAUGAGAAUCAAUUAGGCUGCAGUGUAUAGAAGAAGAAGUGAGUGAAACCAGGCGUGUUAAUGUGUGUGGGCAUGCAUGUGUUUACUUAUGUGUGUUUGUGUGUUUAUGAACCUUUCUGACGUCCUGAUCAUUUGUUAUAUUUAUGAUUCAUUCUUUCUUUAAAUAUUACACAUUUUCACACCUGUUGACUUAGAAAAACAUGAUUAUUGCAAAUUCAACUUUUCAUGAUCAUUAGCAAACACAAUGCUUUUAUUUAUCCAUUAGCUUUCCACACUUCCACACAACCUAAAUAUAUUUUUACUUCCUUAAAAUUUUGUGAUGAUAAUUUAAUUCUUGUUUAUGUUCAAAACUGAUAAAAGCACUGAAUCCCAGGCUCACAUGUGCUCAAUACAAAGUGCCAAUGAACAAAUCAGCCUAAAAUCUAAAACCACAGUUGCAAUAACGGUAAUUUAAGGACCUUCUAGCAAAUUCCUCAGAAUUUCAUAAGGCAAAAAAAAGUUUUCCUAGAAUGUACUGAUGAGAAGAUCUCUGUUCCCAUAGUUCCCCACAAGCUCCACAGAUAUUUUGCAUUAAACUGGCUCCAACUGGCAAAGUGAUUUUUGACAUUUGAAGGUCACAGGAGAGUCCAGAUUAUCAAAGACAAGAAGCAAUUAUGUCUCUAAAACACAAAAAUUUAAGUAGUUCAAAUUUUUUCAAUCUGAGUAACUGAUCACAUUACAAUUAAUUCCUUUUAUAUAAUAUCACUAUUUUAUAGCAUAAGAAAUUCUAUAUGUAUCAGUUUAAAUGGAGUCAAAUUUAUAAAUGCGAUAUGGUGAGUAGACUUGCUUGCACUCCAUUUCGCUCAUGCGUAAGAGGUAACACUUAGCUGUGGAUUAAAAGCUUUUGUGUUGUUUUAUUUGAGGCAGGAGCAGUGAUGAUGUGGUUAAAAGAAAAAGAAAAACAGACGUUGGUGUUCACCAUAAAUAAUGGAGGCUCAGUGCUUCCUCGUGUCGCCAGUGUUUUUCUCACAGCUGUGCAUGAAAACAAUUUUUCAUAUGAUACAAAAUAAACAGGCCCCUUUUAAAAAAUGUAAUAACACUUUUUAAAAAGAAAUAUUUUACUUUAGUUUGAUGGCAAGUUAUUUUGGUUAUGGUGAAGUUCACGUAACAGGAAAAGCUUAGAGGAAAAAAAGGUAAACAAACCUGAAUAUUAUAGUUAAACUCAGAUCAUAUCUGUAAAUGUCAGUGAAUUAUACUGUAAAUGAAGAUAACCUAAGGUGCCUAUUUUAGCAGUCCCUAACCUUGAUAUAGGGAUAUACGAGACACUGGAGGAUCAGCAGGAUGCAGUAAGAGUAAGACAGAGCCCUUUACACUGCAGCCCCUGUACUGUCCGCUCAGCUCUCCUCCGUCAUCCACCCUUCAAUCUUCUCCUCUCUGGCCCAAGGAACCACUGACCAUCCCUGUCUUCCCUCCUUGACUGAAAACUCAUCUUCUAAACAACAUCGCCCUCUUCCCACUGAACAAUUUAACCUCUCCUUGCUCUCUAAAAAUAUCCCAUCUGUCUCUCUGCUCUGGCUUUAAUUCUGUUUCCUCCUCAGCAUUCACUCCUCGUCCUCUACUCACACCAGUGUUGUAAGGACGGCCUACUGCUUUUCCUAUUUUAGGCUGCUUAUUAUUUUUGGACAAAGGCGACUUUGGGCCUAUUUUGUGGCGGGCAACAUAAUUAUGAAUGAAAUGCCUAAAUGCCUGAAAUAUAAGAUGGAUGCUAAUACAAAGAAAAGCACUGAUGAUAUUGUCAAAAUGUCUAAAUCCUCAUCAUGCAUAAUGUGAUUAUCAAUUACUGAUUUAGCCAGGCCACUCAGUAAAUUAUACUGAGUACACUGCAUCAAUAAAUUGCUUUGGACAGCUUGGAUGACACACAAAUAGAACUCGGGGAGGGGAAACUGAAAUUAAACAUAAAAUUACACUAAGUAUCCAAAUUUUACAUUAUUCAAAUUGAGAUGUAAAAACUCACUUAUUAUGUUCAUAUAGCAAAAUUGCCUUUCUAUGCACUUCAUGCUUAUAAAUUGAGUGUCUUCCUAAAGAGAUUUCUAGGACCAGAGUGCAAGUAGUUGUCAAAGCUAAUUAGAUCAGUGUCAACUGCUUUACCAACAGGGCCAUCUAGUGUCUGAUUAUCCAAAUAACAACUCCAGUGGAGGCGAAGCCAAACUGACAGAUUGAGUUUUUGUUGUGAGAGUCUGAUCUGGCUUUCAGAUUAAACAGUGAGCAGGUCCACAGUGUGAUGAAUCACUGGGUCAGUUAGUAUUCAUCAUCAGCAGAUGGCAACAUUACACUAGUGACAAGAAUGAUCCAACAUGGGAGAGUAAGAAACCAUUGUUAUUACAUUUUAGGUUUACUGUUCAACCAUCACUAGUUGAGCACAGCAUAGUCUUACUGUGGCUUUAGUUUUGAGCCUCCUAAAAUCCUGCUGCAUCUUCUCACUUGGCUUUAAAACAGUCAAAUGAGGGCAGGUGUUUACUCUUUCAGACACCAGGGAAAAUCAUCUUUUUGUGAACAGGAGACUCACAGCAAAAUAUCUAAAUGUUCAAUUCAAAGAACAGUCACAAAGUAGGUUUUUGAAAUGUUUUUGGUGAUGUUUCAAGUGUAUCACGAAACCUGAUGGACAUUUUUGACACUUAAAUUUGACAUAUAAGAUACAAUUCAGUCAAACUGUUAAAUUAACCUACAUUAAACAGUGAUCAUUUUAUAUCCCAAUUUAGAUUGGUUAGAUAAAAUUCAAGUUUGAUGAGCUAGAGAUUGAUUUUGAUGCACAACAUUAUUCUGCAAAAUAAACCAGUAAAAACAUGUAAAACUGCCCUCUGAGAUGUGGUGAAGUAGAAAGUCAUAAAAUCUGACGCUUUCUAUCUUGUAACUUCUGUAACAACACACACUCUCCAGUACAAUAGUCCACUACCUACAUCUGUGACUAAAAACUAACAACCUGGAGAAAGACUACUGAAAGAAUCUCAGCUGAUUGAUCUCAACUAAGUUAAACUGGAAUGGCUAAACCAACAUUUAAAUUAAUAUCCAAAAACACUGUAUAGAUAUUAUUUAGGAGCGACACACACACAUAAAGCCAUCAAACUCAUCAGUACCUCAAAGGACACAUUAGUUUCAACACAGAAAAACAAACAUUAAAGUUGAUGGCUGAUGUCGUGCACCAGAGGGCCAUGUUCACACCUUGUAAUGAUGUCUGAUAACACAUUAAACCACGGGUGAGUUCCAGUCAAAGGUGUUAAUAAACACAUGAUGCAACUAUUACUCCGUUUUGCAGAUGUGACCACAGCUGGGUCAGAAAACCAGAAAACAAUAACGUACUUUACUGUAUGUGAAAAGUCGAGAGUCACAACUGCGAUGAAAAUGGGACAAUGUCAAGAUACAUUAGAUACAAAUAAUUAAGAAAAAAUGUGACAUUCUUUCGUCCAAAUUUAUACCACUGAUUAAUAGUUUCAAAUGAGUUCAUAACAGAACAUGAAUUAAUCUGCUCAGUGACAAGAAGAGGGUGUACCACACUAAAUUACAUUUACACUGUUUCUCACUAGCACUAAAGUACAAAUAAAACAAACUGAAAUUUUUUAAGUGAUGGUGGGUGUCUCCAAAGAAUAGUUACAUUUUCAAAUGUGCAGUAUAUACAAAUGAUUUCAAACCACUGUGGCACUGACAGGAGUGUUUUAUCCCAACUCCAUUAAAUCAACUCAUUGCUUUCAGUUGCAGAAGCACACAAACACCAGGCUGAUGGAAAAAUAUCCAUAAUCAUGCAUAAAGUAUGUUAAUGUGAAACAUACACAAAUCAGAGUUUGUAAGGUGGUAAAAACUGCCUAUGGCUCCAACUCAAUAAAAGCCACCAGUUCACAACAGAAGUUAUCUCAAGGCACUGUACGUAAAGAACAGGUCUAGACCGUACUCUUUAUCAUAUAAAAGCUACAGAAACAACUGACACCAUUAUGUGUGUCAAGAUCCUGAGGCCACAGACAGAAACAGAUAAAUCUCCACAAACAGAUAAUUGUCCUGAUUACUAAUUACUUGCUGUUGUGACUUGGCAGUGACACUGUUACCUCUCCUGCCCCAUAGAUAUACACAGACUGCACUAAUACAAGUACAGAAGUUAACCACUGCCUGGCUGACUGCUCACAGGCCCUCUCUGAUCUUUGUACAUGAGCUGUGGACCAUCUUGAAGCCAGUGUCUGUCAGUACAGUGCUGUAACACUGCUGCUGAGAUGUGAACAUCCAUCUGAUGUUGACUAUUGAGAAGUAAACUCCCACCAACUCUCAGAACAAUGUCUCCCUGUGGCCAAAAGGUUAGGGUUUGUGCUGUCUGUCAGUGGCUCAUCACAGAGCUGGUGUUCAGAGUCGCAGAUGUCUGCUGAGACUUCUUCAUAUUUUGGACUGCCUGGCCACAACUAUAAAAACACCUUGUGCCUGUUUUCAUGGACACCGUGGGCCUUUCUUGGCUAAACACAUUCCCUCAGCACAAGCCCUGCACCAACCAACCAAAAAUACACAGCUUUCCCAGCUUGGCCCUGAGUCCUGUUUAAGCACACACAGUUAUCAGUCUUAAUUAUGAUGCAACCAAAGCAGAAGCAUAGUCAAGUCCCAGGUUCUAAAAACUGACUAUGACUCUGUAACAAUCUUAAGGAAAGUGUGGUGAAUUGGCUUAAAACAUUUCAUUGUAGUUUGUGAGGAAAGUGGACUGUGACUAACAGUUGCCUUUAAACAGGCAAAAUAGCAAGCAGAGCCUGGAGUUUCAAAUGGACAUCAACCUGUGAAGUCUGGGGCUGAGACUAAUGAUUAUUUUGUCCAUUACCUUGAUUAAAUUAAUUUAUUUAAAUUAAUUAAAUCAACGGUUUCAUUUAUAAAAUGCCUGAAAAGUAUGAAAAAUGUCCAUUUCAGUUCCCCAGAGCCAAAACUGACAUGUUCAGAUUGGUAGUUUUGUCUGACCAGCAAUACAAAAUCCAUUUGAGAGAAUGGAACCAGAAAAUCUUUGGUAUGAUUGAUGAUUGUAUAAUUUCAAUUAUUAUUCUAAAAAAAAUUAUUGGUUAAUUUUGUGUCAGGUAGUUAAUUAAAAAAAAAUCAGAUUCAUAUCUAUGCAGAUUUUCAGAGCAGCAUUUUUGAUGUUCUUCAGUUUAAUGGAAGUUUUGUUUGCAGGUUGUAGCUGAAUUAAACGUCAUUCUUCCAGCUUUGCUUUGUCCAUUCUCUGGUUCUCUCUAAACAACAUCACAACAUCCAUCUAGGCUGUCUGCAAACAACAAAGGAUCUGACAACUGAUACAAAUGAUAGUGUUGUAAAACUGCUGACAUUAAAACUUGUAUCUAUCUAUAAAACUACAAAAAAGCUGUGAAGUUCAGAGAAAAGUUUUGCAUCAAAUGUUGCAUCAUGAGAAAAGUGGUGAGCAAAAAAAGGGAGGAGGGAAGGUGGAAAAAGCAAGGGAGAGGUGAGGAAGAAAAGGAGAGAUAAGGAGACAUGUAGGAAACAACAAAUAGGCUGACGGUGGGGUGGGCCAGGGGGGAAGUAAAGUAGAGAGACGGGAGAGCAGAGGAAGGAGUGUAGCAGACAGUGAUGGAGAGGAUGACUGGGGAGUUGAGAAGCGGUGCUGUCAGAGAUAAAUGAGCUGCACUAUGUCUGGCAUGAUCAGAGAGCUGCUCGAGCUCAGUAGGUCCAGGUCACCACCUCUCCUCUGUACUGGAUGAUGGACGGUGUGGAGGGAGCUGAGCUCUGCUUCCCCCAGCUCCUGAACUCAUCUUGCAUGGGUUUAAUGCGCCCUCGCACUGAGGCCGUCCUCCUCUACACGCUUUUCUCUUCAGUCGCCGUGCUCACUGUCGCUCUCAACCUGCUGGUUAUCAUCUCCAUCUCCCACUUCAGACAGCUCCACACCCCCACCAACCUGCUCCUGCUCUCCCUGGCCAUCUCAGACCUCCUCGUGGGGCUGCUGGUGAUGCCGGUGGAGGCGGUAAGGUUCACAGAGACCUGCUGGCUGCUGGGCGAUCUCAUGUGCGCUCUGUCUUACAUUAUCGGCUUCACUCUCACCUCAGCCUCUGUGGGAAACAUGGUGCUCAUAUCCAUCGACCGAUAUGUAGCUAUUUGUUACCCUCUGCAGUACCCCAGCAGAAUCACUCUCAGCAGAGUUGAGGUGUCUGUGUGUCUGUGCUGGGCCUGCUCACUUCUCUACAACGGGUUGAUCUUAAAGGACCACCUCAGGCAGCCAGACAGGUACAGCUCCUGCCACGGGGAGUGCGUGGUGGUGAUUAACUACGCCUCCGGUGCCGUCGACCUCGUUUUCACUUUCAUCGGCCCCUGCUCAGUCAUCGUCAUUCUGUACAUGAGGGUGUUUGUCGUGGCGGUGUCUCAGGCUCGUGCCAUGCAGUCUCACGUUACAGCCAUUUCAGGCAGUUCAGUUACAGUCACUGCAAAGAAGUCAGAGAAAAAAGCAGCCAGGACCUUGGGUGUUGUCAUACUGGUGUUUUUGAUGACUUUCUGUCCGUAUUACUACCCUUCUCUUGCAGGACAGGCCACCUCAAACAGUGCUUUAGCUUGGCCCAUUGUGUCCUGGGUGUUGUAUUUUAACUCAUGUUUGAACCCGCUCAUAUAUACUUUUUUCUACCCAUGGUUUAGAAAAGCUAUCAAAUUCAUUGUCACCCUGAGGAUACUACAGCAGGACUCCUCUCAGGCGAGCAUACUUUAAAGUCACUAAACCACAUUUCAUGACCCACAUCAAAAAAUCAAACUGCUGAUGAUCUUAUGUGAAUGUGAUUGUGUGUAAGCAAUGCAAAUGCAGGAUGUGACACAUGUUGACCUGUUUGAUUUCACUGACAUUAAUAUAAGUCUUAUUUUAUCUGUCCCUCUAUCCCCCCUUCUCUCUCUCUAGAAUCUCAGCCUGUCAGAAUUAGGUCUCAUAAAUGUAAUCCAGAGAUGUUAAUUUAUCAACAGAAAAUUAAUCAGCAAGUUUUGAUAAUCAGUUAAUUGUUUCAUCUUUUUCAAAUACAAUUAUUUGCUGCUUUUCUUCAUCUUGCAUUAUAGUAAAGUCAACAUCUUUGGCUUUUGGACGGUUGGAUAAACAAACAAAAAAAAAAGAGAGGGGGGAUUUGUAGAAGUCAUCUGCAGUGUAAGGAAAUUGUACAUUUUUUCUGACGUGUUAUAGGCAGACAAAGAAUGAGGAAUGAGGGAAAAAAGUCAUCUGAUCAUUCAAUAAUUAAAAUAUUUGCUGCUACCCUGAUGUAAAAAAAAAAAAAGCUUGUAAAUUCACCUUUUGUUUCAUGUGGUUUUAACACUCUGUCUAGCUAUGGCUGUUAUCUAUUAUUCAGCAUUUUAAGUGGUUCUAAACAGACUGGCUGAACUUGAUGGUUUAUGUCCAUGUCAGAAUGUUGAUGCAUUUAAUUUUAUAACAAAUACGGUUUUUAUCAGAUAAUUCAGUCUGGAAUUUAGCCACACGAAAACAGUAAUAUAUAAGAUAGUUAUCGUCUCUGAGUAGUUGAGUCAUGAAGAAAAAAAUCUCAGUUAAAAACAUGACUCUCCCUCUAACUGCCGGCACAGUUGCCUUUCUGCAUCGCCUCACACUCGAGUUGAGUCGAGUAUUUAGGGAACAGAAAAUAUUGAGGAGAAGGCAGUGUCUUAGGCUUUGGGGCGAUGUAUUUCACCAUUAUGUCAGCAAUGCUAUUUAACACAGGAUUAUCAAGGUAAGAAAUGUUUAACAGCAGUUAACAGUUGCUGUGUCUCCCCUGGUUUGGUAAAACUAUCAAUGUUCUUUUGACAAUAAAGCCUGAUUUCUGUGAUCAAGUCUAGUAGUAAGGUAAAGGAAGUGCAGACAUAACAUUUACAAAAUUAGCACCACAAUAACCUGUAUUGGUAUUGUUUUUUAGCAGACUGUUUGCAUAUAUAUUUAAUAAAGACAUUUCAGUAACAUCAUCAGUGUCAUUUAUUUUUGCAAAAAUAAAAACUUUAUAUUAACAGCUUAGUUGUUGAAAAUACUACAUACUAAACAAUUUGCU